CUGCACUGCCACCUAGUCUUGCCUCAAGCAUCAUCUAUCCCAUCAAACUACAUGUGGGUGUGCCUGAGAUUGUCAAUCCAUGGUAAGAGUAUCUGAUUGGUGUUGUCUGUGUGACGGUAUCCUCUGGGCUGUGUUGUCAGGGUGUCUGGCUGUACUGGGUGAAUGUAUAAGACAUGGCUGUGUUGCUCGUCUAAUCUACUCCCUCCUUCGCGCGCCUCCCUGCUGAUACGUUCUCCUACCAUACAUCAUUUCUGGAAGUGUUUAAAGAGCACAAGCUGUGUGCAUGCGGUGAUUGCGUUAGUGUCCUCUGUUCGCCCUACCACGCGAGCAUCAUCUUCAGUUAUCGUACUCGCGCAAUGUCUGAAAAAAACACAUUCAAGAUUAUUCGUCCCCGCAACAAAGGGAACCGUCCCGCUCCAGGCUCAUCUUCGCAAGCAUCCCAUUCCUUGACCCCUUCUGGGACUCCUGUUCCGCAGGUCCACGUCACUGGUCCCAACAUAUCCUCUAAUCACAACAACACCCGUCGCGAUCAGUUCAGCGUGCCGGAACGACCUUCUUAUCCCGAGCCUGCAGUGGCUGCUCAACCUGUACCUUCCGGUGCUCGCCGCAGUGACCCAAAGGAACCAGCCUCUUCCACCGGCCGCAGAUCGAGGGAGACCAGCGGAAAAUUUGCUCUCAAUCGUAGCAAGCCUAGCACUCCCGAUCUUGUUGAACAGUCGAGACCAUCCACACCCUUCCUCCGACCAUUCACUGAUGAUACAGUGCUUCCUCCAUCUCCCCCCGCCCCUACCGGCAAUAUUGAUGGUCUCCUCGAGGUAUCUGGGAUGCAUGCCAUGCCCAGCAGUCACCACGCACAGUUGGAUUGUGAGGGUAUCAACGUUUCUGGCCUGUCGGAGCUCGCGAAUGCGCCAUCGGCUAGCUUAGAGAGUGAUCGAAAAAAAUUAAUCAUUGGCGCUAUGACGCUGGUUCUACAAAUUGCAGCCGAGGCUCUUAGGUUGGCCCCGGUUCCAGGUCUUGACGCAAUUCCGAACUUACUUCUGACGUGGCUCCAGGUUUACGAGGUUAGCUAAUCCUUCUGUUUCCGUGAUAGAAGAGGACAUAUCAUUCACUCGAUCUUAUGUUUGUGUGAUGUGCGCAGACUGUCGGUGGAAACGAUGAUGAUCUUAAAGGAUUAGAUGACGACAUUCAAAGGGCUUAUGUGACCAUUCUGCAGCCGCUAGAGCUGUUAACGGACCAA